CCCGUCUACCUGCCCACCCUACCUUGAGGCUUGCUCCCUUUUCCGCCUCCCCCCAGAAUUUCGACUUUUGACCCAGUGAUUCUCUUCUCACUAACUCCAUCACCCAAACAACCAUCAAUCCAUCUGCAAUCCCACCUCUUUCGUCUCAUCCUAAACUCCACUCUUUGUUCAUUGUUUGUCGCGUCCUUUGUUUUUCGACUCUCCGCUCACCUCUUUGCUGCUGAAUUGUUACGCGCUUCGCUGCGCGCGCUGCGACACUAUGGGUUUGCCUAUGUUCCGCGAGCCCGAAGAAAUUGCUGCAGAUCAGGCUGCAGCAAAACUCGAUCAGAUCGCGGCUACACGACGCUCUACCAUCAGACGCGAAUCUACCGUGCGCCCUGGCCGAAUUACCACCUCCCGACAACUUCUUGAACGAUUACGCUAUCAUCGAGAGCCCUCACAGGAAGCAGAACAAAGACCCUCAAGUUUUCCCUCGCCUAUAUCCGAGCGCGAGAUCAAUGACAUCGAUGCGGACCUGGACCGCCUCCGUGCUAUGCGCCAGAAUCGUCUCGCUCGCGCAGCCCAAACGCAAGCCGAAUUGAUGAGAAGGCGGUCAAAUAUGGACCAUAUCCACCCCGAACCCGACGCGCGGAGGGACAUGGAUCUUGACGCGCUGACCGAUGCUGGUAUGGAAGUCUUCCUGUCCGAUUCGGAAGGAAAUCUUACACAACACCUGCCACGCCCUUCCAGAGAGUCGGGGUUGAGAUUUGAGGUCGCCACCACUUCUCAAUCCGAAUCAGAGCACCCGCGCCGGACGCGAUUCCACAGUCACCGCCCCAGCCGAGUUCAAAGUUCGUCUGCUGGUCGGCGUCCAGGGGCUGUUGGAUCUCCGUGGUCGGUACGCGCAGGAUUCGACGACGGUGAUGACAACGAUAGCGAGAACGCCACGUUGACUCCUGGGUUUGCGCCUGCUCGAGGUCCAUUUCAAGGACCGCCUGAAUUUUCGGACGGGAGACGGCCCAAUAGGGCGGAUAUCAACACUGUAGUUGCAAUGAUGGACACACCUCCACCGGAAGGUCUCGAGGCGACGUAUCCACCUCUACGACGUGUCAAUCACAUUUCCCCACGGCCUUUGGGUAUGCCGGGCUCGCGAGUGGAUGGACUUGGCGAUCGCCUGCGAAGUCCAAGCCCCAGCUCUGACACGCACGAAGAAGAAAACUGGUCCAAUCUGUUGACCACCCUGGAGCCAGGCCGGUCCAGUGCCGCGACUUCGUUCCUCUCUUCUCGGUCCGACUCGAGAUCUGGCUCCAAUCGGUCCUCUCAAACCGCUGCGACAAGUUUCGGAGAGAUUGGUGGCGAUGAUUCUUGUGACCUGGAUCUGCCUUCUGGUAUCACCGCGGACGACGUGCGAGAGAUCCGCGCAAGCCAUGGCCGAUUGCGAAGGGAUUCACCUAUGGGACGUCACGGGCCCCUUGCUGACCGCCUGUCUCGACCUGGUGGGGGAAACGACAGACGAUUGGAGCUGGAAGUGUUUGGAGUCAUACUGGAUCGCAUGCAGAGAAGGGAAGAAAUUCCGGAUGAAUGGUGGGCUGCUGUUGGUCUUUCUCCAGAUGUGGUUCGAGGAAGUGCUUGAUCAACUGCCACAAUGUCUUAUGUUGUGUGUUUCGACGACCAAGCUCGAAUGCUUAGCUGUACGGUCGAGCUAGUCUAGCAAUCUACUGGUGUGAAUGUAUGAUGGCCGUCAUCAGAGAGAUUGGUGUGUCAGCAAAAUCGGUCGGAGUGUGUGACAAGGGCAAGUACGCCUUGUAUGGGACUUUUUGGGACCGAUGAAAAGUCAUCUAUGUGUUAUCAUCAAACCCCAGGAUUUAUGCGCGCUGAAAUUACUUCAUGUGUUAUGACAAGGGUAUGGGACAGGACUAGGGCUGGAUCCAUCUGUCGGCUUAAAAUCAAUGUUUUGUCGUUAA